AUGUCACCGUCUCCCUAUAGUGCGACGGGCGAGUUUAUUUUCAUCGAAGUAAACGUGAAGGGCAUCAAGGCUGUCCUUGGGGUGGUGUACUGCCCCCCUGGGGUGGACUACCUCCCCAAGCUCGAGUCUGCUUUGGAACCGAUUUCCGCAGAUUACAUACAUCACUUAAUCAUGGGCGACUUCAAUACCAAUCUUCUUGUAAAUUCCUCUUCCUCUACCAAACUUACCUCAUUGGUCACUUCCUUGAAUCUCUCUAUUCUUCCGUUACAAGCCACCCACCACAAUAUUGAUUCCCCUGACACCUUACUCGACCUUGUAAUCACAUCCGCACCUGACAGUAUUAUUGCGCAUGGUCAGUGUCCUGCACCAGGUUUCUCACGACACGAUCUUGUUUACGCGAGCUACAGGCUACACACUAGCAAACAGAAACUAGAGACCGUGCUUAUGCGUAGUAUGUCUAAGGUGGAUGCAGACGCCAUUAGGCGCGAUGCAGCCUCACUCGACUGGGAUCAAGUUGUGUCUGCAACAACUAUCGAUGACAAGGUCGCCGUCUUCAACUCCAAUCUACUAACCCUCUACGACGUGCACGCGCCGCUGCGGCUUGUGAAACUUAAACGUCCACCUGCACCAUGGAUCUCGAAGGGUGUGCGUAUGGCGAUGACUCGUCGAGACAGGGCCUUCCACAACUAUAAGCGUGACCGCUCUGAUAUCAACUGGUGCAAAUACAAAGCGGCUAGAAACCGCUGCAAUCAAGUGGUGAGAUCUGCCAAACGUCGUCACAUCCAUGACAACAUUAUCGAUGCCUCUUCAGCUGAUGUUUGGAAGUUUCUCAAAACACUGGGUAUCGGUAAAAAUCCUACAAAGCUCACCCACUCUUCUUUCUCUGGCGAUGACCUCAAUACUCAUUUUUCCUCUGCUUCCGUAUUGGAUCCACUCAUUAGAUCACAAACCAUCUCCGAGGUAACUUCCACAGCUCUUUUGGUUCCAGAAGUCUUUGUUUUCUCCGCGGUGUCUGAUGAUGGGGUCAGGAAAAUUAUCCACUCCAUAAAAUCCAAAGCGGUUGGCGUCGAUGACAUCAGCCGAUUGACCAAACCAAGGCUGAGAUUUGCCACCAAUGGGAACAACAGAAGACGGUAUGAAAAGUUCCAUACCCUGCAGCACCACAUCAGCAACAAGAUCAGCAACGACGCUGGGAUCAUCCUGCGUGAAGCAAACCUGCCUCCAGGGGUAAGAUGCGAAGAAGGACCGCAUCUCAUCCCAGUCUGCUGA